CCGGACCCGGCCCGGGACCCUCCCGAUGUGCCACCACGGGCUGUCCCCCGUGUCCCCUCGGCUCAGUGCGAAUCCAUCCCUGACCCCCAGCAGCCGAGCACAGGCGCGGUACAAACGUCCGAGGGUUAAUGAGUGCGCUGAUUGGCGGUGUCCCCGGGCGUGGGUGAGUGCCCAGCAGAGCUCACCCACGCGGGGACAGCUCCCAGCCCCGGCAGGGCUCGGCUCAGCCCUCCCGAGCGCCGGGGAAAUGCCGCUCCCGUCUGUCCAGGCGGAGCUCGGAGCCUGCUCUGCCCAGCGCCGGGCCGGCGGCUGCCCGAGCCCUGAUCGGGGCCGGGAGCUUUGGGAGCGGUGAAAAGCCCCUCACGGUGUGAGAAGCUGCCCUGACACCCAGCUGGGACCUGGCCCCACACUUCUCCGGGGCCCGGAGCUGAUGGGAGCGGGAGAGGGCAAAGCCUGAAACGCUUCCCUCUGCGGGGGAGAGCAAAGACAUGCAGGACGUGGCUGUGAGACUCGGAGCGCCCUGAGCCGGGGUGGAACGCUGCUGGUGCGGCGGUGAGAGGUGAUCAAUAAAAGCUCUUUGUCCCGCAGAGGCGCUCGGCUCCUCCCCGAUCACCAUCGUGGUCACGUCCGAGGCUGACACCUGGGACAUCGACACCUCCCCGGGCCGGGGCUGCGGACACUUCGUGGACUGGGACAAGAUGCCUGAGGCGCAGGGGCCGGCGCAGCUCCCGCGGGACGUCCUGGGCCGGCCCCCGAAGGAGCUGAAGCGGCUGGCGAGGGAAGGCUGCUGGGCCGGGAGCCACGCGGGCCGGGCCCGGCUCUACCCCCGGCUCAUCCAGCGCGUCUCCUGCCGCCUCGUCACCCCCGACGCGCUCGUGUACCGCGACGUGGCCGCCCGGCUCUUCGGGAAGCCCAGCGUGAGCUCGCACCCCCUGCCCGAGUUCCUGGAGGGCUGCCCCGUGCCCACCUACUGCCUCAGCCCGCACGGCGUCACGGCCCUGAAGAAGAUCCUGAUCUGCGUGGGCGCCCUGUUCCCCGACAUCACGCACAGCCCGCUGCUGCCGGCGCUGGCGGCGCUGCUGCUGCACUACAGCGAGGACGAGGCGCAGUGCUUCGAGAGCCUCUCGCGCCUCAUCGCCAGCAACGCUCCCCACGCCGCCUACAUCGACCAGUCCUUCCUGGCCCACCAGGCCUCCUGCAUGACCUUCGGGGACCUGGCCAGCAAGCACUGCCCCGCGGCCCACAGGCUCAUAGCCGGCGCCGCCGACAACGUCCUCGAGGUCUACUCGGAGUGGCUGUCGUGGCUCUUCCCCGGGCUGCCCUUCGGCUACGCCGUGCGCGUGCUGGACGUGUUCCUGCUGGAGGGCCAGAAGGUCCUGUACCGCAUCGCCCUGGCCCUGCUGAAGCAGUUCAGGCUCUCGGCGGCCCCGGCCGGGCCGCAGGGCUCCGACGUCAAGGCCGAGCUGCAGGCUUUCGUCAGGAACAUCGCCGAGCACGUCACCGUGGACAAACUCCUGGAGAGAGCCUUCGGCAUCCGCCUCUUCUCCCGCAAGGAGAUCUGGCUGCUCCACAUGGCCAACAGGAAGGCCUUGGUGGAGAGGGGCAUCACCGUGGUGCAGAGGAGGCCGUCCUUCCACCUGGCCGUGGACAUGCAGAAGUUCAGCUCCAGCACUGUCACGGCGCAGGAGAUGCGCCUCGUCUGGUCCUGGCUCCCCGAGCGCUUCUCGCUCUUCCCCCCGCUGCUGCUCUUCUCCACCUCCGAGGACGGCUGCAGCCUGCAGAGGUUCUACACGUGCUGUGAAGGCUACGAGCCCACGGUGCUGCUCAUCAAAACCACCGAGGGGGAGGUGUGUGGGGCCUUUCUCUCCUCCGACUGGGCCGAGAGGAAGAAGAGCGGAGCCACGUCGGGCUUUUUUGGGACAGGGGAGUGCUUUGUGUUCACUGUGCGCCCCGAGGCAGAGAGGUACGAGUGGGUGCUCAUCAAGAAGCCGGAGCUGGCCAAGGCCGUGCCGCGCUCCCGGCAGCGCUCGCCUUCCCCCGCUCCCGAAUCCCCGCCCGGCUCCUCCCGGGCCAGCCGCAGCUCCAGCCCCAACCACCUGGCCGUGCCCUCGCCGCAGGGGAGAGGCCGCCUGUCCCCGUUCCUGGCCAUCAGGCACUUCCUGCUGCCCUCCAAAACGGCCUCCAUGUUCAUGUCCGGCUCCCGGGACGGGAUCGUUAUCGGCGGGGGGGGAGGCCAAGCGCUGUCCCUGGACGCCAGCCUGCUGCGGGGACACACGGAGCACUGCGAGACCUUCGACAACCCCCCGCUCUGCCAGGAGAACUUCCAGGUGCAGCUCUUGGAGGUGUGGGGCUUUCAAAGAGCCUAGGUGCCCUGGGGACACCCUGUGUGCCACGGGGACCCCUCCCUGCCCUGGCACCCCCGGCCCGGCUGGGGCCACCUGGGCACAGCUCCUUGGUCCCCUCGCGGCCAGAACGGCGCAGAGCAGAACGGAUCAGACUGGAUCAGACCGGACUGGAUCAGAUGGCAAAGCCCUGCCGCAGUUUGUGGGUGCAGUGACAGCUCCAGGGGGACCCCACGUUUGGGGCUGAGCCCUUUGCUCUGUCCCCAGCCCAGGGCUGGCGUGGGACUGCAGGGCUGGCCACAGAGGAGAUCCCCGAAUGGGAUCACCAGGAUGGGCCAUUUUAAUGUGGAAUGGGGAGGUUUGGUGUCACUGGGCUGGGAUCACCAGGAUGGGCUGUUUUAAUGUGGAAUGGGAAUGUUUGGUGUUCUCUGUCACAGGGGGGUUGGAGGCCACAGGGAACCUUCUGGCUGCAGCAGGAGAACCUCUCCCACCCCAAACACACUUUCUCAGGUGGGGUCACCUCCCACCCAUCCCAGCCCUGCAGCCACUCGGGGCAGGAGCUGUGGCUGCCCCAGGGCUGUGCCAGCACUGGCAGGAGGGCACAGCAGGAGCAGGAAUGGCAGAGCUCUCAGGGGGCUGGGCAUGGGCACACCAGGAAUGGCUGGGAUCCUCCACAGGGUAUCCAGGCACACCAGGAAUGGGGUGUCUGGGCCAGAGCCACCAGGAGGGGGAUCAGCAGGAAUGAGAAAUACUCAGGGGAAGGGAAUUCCAGCAGUGGGAAGAGCGACCACCUAGAGAGCUGCUCCUGUGACUGAUCAGGAUACACCCAGCAAACAGGGCUAGGAUGCCAAUUAAUAAAAAGUAAACAUAAAAAAGGCGAUGUGAUCAGCAGUUA